CGUGCCCCUCUUCCUCCGUCGCUCGCAUCUGAGACGAGGAAUAGGGAGCCGAUCUUGUUCGCGGUGGGAGCCGAGGGGUGGGUGUUUGACGUUUUUGACUCGGAUCAUGGCGAGCAGUGGCUCGAGCAGGUAGAGAGCUGACCUGAGGUCGGAGACGCGGAUCGUUGGGUAGAGGUAGAGCCAAGGAGGAGAUCAAGAAGAGGGAGAGGGAGAGGGAGAGGGAGAAGGCGCGAGGGAGGAGGAUGGUGCUGGUGCUUGCGCUGGGGGAUCUGCACAUUCCGCACCGUGCGCCCGACCUGCCUGCCAAAUUCAAGUCCAUGCUCGUGCCCGGCAAGAUCCAGCACGUCAUCUGCACCGGGAACCUCUGCAUCAAGGAAGUCCAUGACUACCUGAAAAGCCUUUGUCCUGAUCUCCAUAUUACCAAAGGUGAAUAUGAUGAGGAUGCUCGGUACCCAGAGACUAAGACACUUACAAUUGGCCAGUUUAAACUAGGCUUGUGCCAUGGUCAUCAGGUUGUUCCAUGGGGCGACCUGGAUUCACUGGCGAUGCUCCAGCGGCAGCUGGACGUGGACAUCCUCGUCACCGGGCACAACCAUCAGUUCAAGGCCUACAAGCACGAGGGGGGCGUGGUCAUCAACCCGGGCUCCGCCACCGGCGCCUACAGCAGCAUCACCUACGACGUGAACCCGAGCUUCGUGCUCAUGGACAUCGACGGCCUCCGCGUGGUGGUGUACGUCUACGAGCUGAUCGACGGCGAGGUGAAGGUGGACAAGAUCGACUUCAAGAAGACGGCGACGAUGCACGCGUAGCUUGGCCCGGCACAGAAAAUGCUGCAACGAGUUUCCGACCUGUCCAGUUCCUGUUUUCCCCCUCUGCUUGAUUCAGAGCUCCCUUGAACUCUUGUUUCUACCGAUUGUUCUCGCAUGUUCAUGUGCAAAACACUGGAGCUGUUUUACAGUUUUAGCUAAUCAGAUUGUCAGGGUGGUGAUGUUAAAAUAAAUGUUGAGUCAAUAGUAUUGCAUUUGGCCCCGUUUGAAGCAAAAACAGCUGAGCCUUAAUCUGUACUUA